CGUCAACGUGUGCGCAAGGCAUGUGUAUCUUGUCAACAGAAGAAGAGGAAAUGCAAUGGCCUACAACCUUGCGACACUUGUGAAGGUUAUGGCUUUGAUUGCUACUACCAACCAGCAGCCCAAGCGCAGAGCAUGCCAGCCGAACACCCCAGGACGAGUCACAAGAGAGCGGCCCCUGAACACCAUACCUCAAGUUCAAGAGCCGAGGAUAACAAACGCGUUCGACAAGACUUCCUUGAGCCUAAUAAAUCUCGCUACGUGGGUGUGGGAUCAGCGAUCUCCUUUUCACACAAGUUAAGUCGUGAUAUGGGUUCUGCCAAUACAGCUAGACUUCACUCUUACGCCUGGAACGCUGGUACACGACCUGAGGCUUUACCCACUUUCAGCUGUCAGAUCGCGCAAAUAAUUCCGUGGGAGGAUCUUCAUGCAUUGACCGCUGUGUACUUCGAUGUAGUCCAUCCAGUAUUUGGCGUUCUUGAUCAAGCAGGCUUUAAUCUUCGCUGUGUGGAACAUUGGAUGGGAGACACCCAGUCUCUGGGAUUCGAUGCUCUGGUCGGUAGUGUUUGCGCUCUGGGAUCCCUAUUCUCAGGAAACAGAAAGUCUGUGGGGGAAUCUGACCUUGUCAGCGCUACGAAAGUGUUACUCGACAAUAUCAGCAUGAUACACGGCGCGACUGAAGACUUCGCCGUCGCAUGGAUACUACGCUCAAUCUAUCUGCGCUGUACAACUCGCCCACACAGCUCAUGGAUGGCAACGUGUACAACAAUGCAUGUCAUUGAAGCUGUCGGACUGCACCGCGAGAUCGACACACUCUCGAUCUCUACUACUACACGCGAGGCGUCUUCAUCAUACAACAAGAAUUUAGACCUUCGUCGCAGAGUAUUCUGGGUAGCGAAAGCAUUGGAUUUGAUCUUCAGCUGUGAGUACGGACGUUCGGCGACUGAACUCGACGGGGCGAACUGCAACGAACCAUCAAUGGUUGAUGGCGACUACACUCUCGAGUUCAUUGAGCUCGCUAAGCUGAUGUCGAUAUAUCUCAUGACUAGCAGAGAAGUUCUUGAAGAGUCGUUGAUGACGAUAUUCGAGAAGCGAAGCGGUUGCCAGCUUCUAAAUCUGAUGAGAGCAAAUGCAGGCUUCUGCAUUUACAGGAGGUUAUGUUCAUUCGACCCAGGUGCGUCCAGCGAGCACCUGAAGAUGAUCACAAGUAUGGGCGAGGAAGCUCUCUUGCCAGCACAGGCCCUGGUCCUGACAAAUCAAGUGUGGUGGGAUGUACUAACAGUACCGUUCCAUUACAUCUGUGUCCUACUUCACAUCAACUCGAUAGAGAGUCUGUCUCAACUAGCUGGGGGAAUGUCAGCUUUGAGGAAGGUUAAUCGACACCUGGGAACACACAUGGCGAGAGAAGCGGAAGUAGUUGCAGAAUUGUUGAUCAAGGUCUGCUCGCAAAGGAAACAGGAAGAGAUACGUUACUUGAAUGGGCAGCUCUCCAUUCGAACAGAAAUUGACACCCAAGCUGACACGUCGAAUUUCCAACCCGAUGCGAUGCGAAGUCGCACGCCAAUUCCAGAGUGGCUGUACGAUGUUGCCCCGGACUGGGAUUUCCUGCCCUCUCUCUCGUUUCAGAACGACUCUCCAGCAGCA